CACAGACUGGAGAAGAAGACACACAAUCAGGACAGUCUGUGGUUAGCUGGAAUCCGUUGUGAGGGCUUGCAACCUGCAUCAUCCGCUGACCAGGAACCGACGAGCCGAGCCGAACCGGAGCGGAGGGGCACAAUGGCGUUCACUUUUGCGGCCUUUUGUUACAUGCUCGCGUUACUGCUCACGGCGGCGCUCAUCUUUUUCGCCAUCUGGCACAUAAUCGCGUUUGAUGAGCUGAAGACGGACUACAAGAAUCCCAUAGAUCAGUGUAACACUUUAAAUCCAACAGUUGAAAAGGUCAAAAAGAUUAAACGAGUCAAACUUGCCCUCAAGCUGGUGCUCCCGGAGUAUCUCAUCCACUUCUUCUUCUGCGUCAUGUUCUUCUGCGCCGCCGAGUGGCUCACGCUCGUCCUCAACCUGCCGCUGCUGGCCUACCACGUUUGGAGGUACAUGAGCAGACCCGUGAUGAGCUGUCCGGGACUCUACGACCCGACGACCAUCAUGAAUGCCGACAUCCUGGCGUUCUGUCAGAAGGAAGGCUGGUGCAAGCUGGCCUUCUACCUCCUUUCCUUCUUCUACUAUCUUUACGGCAUGAUCUACGUUUUGGUGAGCUCGUAAGGUGGGAAGCAUGGAUGACGACGACAAAACGGGUCGGGGCGCUUGGAAUCUCGGAGCUGUGUGAACACACACACGCACACACACUCACUCGCACACAUUCAAGGGAGCGGCCAGAGAUGACCACAAUCGGCAGCAUCAUCUUGAAUCUCUCGGGCCUCCCUCAUGCUGCAACAUUUUACGGACAAAGUCCAAAAGGACAGUUUUGUUCUGCUUAUCCCAAUUCUCAGCCCUUACUUCCAUUUGAGGUUCCCCGGCGCCCCCCGGGGAGCUCAUCAACAACCCCAAGAGUGUUUACAAACUAGUUAGACGUUUUUCCCACCUGCGAUCUGACAGCUGGAAGAUGAAUUUGGACUGUUAUCGCCUUGGAAACAGGACCCCGUCCUGCUCGUUGCGUUCAAAGCAUGCGUUUGACCAAUUUAAAAAGGUAAAUUCAACAACAGUUGGCGCUAGUUUGAAAAACUUCAAGGAACUGCAAAGGAGCACUACUGUUUGUAGUUUACUGUACUUAAAUCCUCCCCCGUGUUUCUGUAUUUUUGUGUCAAGUUCUCCCAUUUGGACGUCUCCAGCACUCCUUGCUCCGAGCCAGUCUUGAUGCGUUAUACGCUAGCAACGGCAUCUGCAAACAAAAGGUUUUUAUUGUCGUGUUCGUUUUGUCCAGAAACAGGGUG